AGCUCUUUGCCUCUGGUUCUUGAAGGUGCCACUGCCAGCCAUAGUCUUCAGCAUCUUCUCUCUCUAUCCUAGGGUUUCCCUCUCAUCGCCGUUUUCUAUCUCAUACUCAAAUCAAAGAUGAACCAGAAAUUGAACUCUACCAUCAAGUUCCUCUACAGCUACGGUGGUAAGAUCGUGCCCCGCUCCUCUGACGGCAAGCUCCGAUACGUCGGCGGGUACACCCGUGUCCUAUCCGUCGAUCGUUCUAUUACAUAUGCAGAGCUGAUGGUGAAAUUUGGGGAAUCGAGUGGAUCCUCCGUGAGUUUGAAGUGUAAGCUACCGAGCGAAGAUCUGGAUGUUUUGGUUUCAGUCAAAUCAGAUGAAGAUCUUCGGAGUGUGAUGGAAGAGUACGAGAGAGAGUCUCCGGAUGCGAAAAUUAGAGCUGUGCUUUUUCCGAGCAAUUGCACGAAGAAAGUUUCUCCGCCGUCGUCUCCUAUGUCGUGCUUCGAUUUCCCGUCCGCUCCGCUGCCUCCACGCGUAAAAGCUCCCUCAGCUGCAUGCUAUUACGCAGCUCAACCAUAUGUUGGUUCACACCGUUGUUCACUUCCGGCCGUUGGAUACCCUGUCACCACCGGAAAAUACCGUUGCUAUGAGUCAAGAAGUCCGAGGCAUUUCCACCAUGUGCCCCAGCGGAAUAAUUCCCAUUAGUAGCAUAGGGAAUUUCGAUUUUGGGGAGUGCUGCUUCGAUUUCUUUUUCUUCUCUAAAUGACAAACUGAAAAAAAAAAAAAAAUUAUACCGUAAAUCUACACCUGAGAAUACGAAGAGUUUCUAAAAUUCAUUUAAUCCAGAACACCGAACCCCAGAAUUUUUCCUGGUUGGAUUGUACAUUGCACCCGAAUUCAUGAAUCAAUUCAUUCAGAUUCGAGGUUGGGAUUUAUUCUUAUCCAAGGCUAUAGACGGAACUUGAAUUUGCAGCAAAUGAUUUUCCCCCUCUUUCCUCAAUCUUAGCUGCAUUUGGACACAGCCGUUACAGGACAAUGAAUAGCGUAAUCCUCUCGGUCGUCACUGGCCCCGUGAACUGUUCUUUCGCGUCUCGUCCACGUGACGCGGAACGGUCAGUCAUGGUUCAAGGCCUCCGUUGACACCCGUCGUAGCGUGGCGUGGGGUUCACGGGGGUUACCUGUUUUACCUUGGUGUUUCCUGUUUGCAGGUAUCCGCCCGGCGGUUGUGCGUAGGACGAGGACAAGCUGUUGGGGGAAGAAUAUAAUUAUUUUUAGUUCGCUAAUUAAAUCCUGUUUAUUCGUUAGUGUUAUGUUAUUAAUUAUUGAUGAUAUGUUUCGUUUUUCUUGAAUUGCAGUUCAGAAACGGCUGGAAUGGAGUCUCUGUCGCACACAGCCUGGUGAUUGGACUGAAGUAAUCAGCAAACCGUAAAGUAAUUAUCAUUCAGCACCUACUCAAAAAAAAAAAAAAAAAAAAAAAAAAA